GUUAUCGUGGAGACUAUGGAAGUCAUUUAAUCAUAUGUUUUCCUUGCUGGGAAAUCGACCGAAUCACUGAGUGAUCCGCUGCAAAAUAGAAAUUGAUCUAUCGUGCAUAAAUUGCGCGGCGCUCUUCCGACUCGGGCAGUUUCUUCGUAUCUCUGGGUUCGCGCGAGUGUCACGUUAAUAGUUCGUUAGAAAUCAGUACUUUCAACGUUCGAAACGAAGACACCAUGGCUCAAAGAAUGAUCUGUAUUGAGGACUUUGAGAAAUAUGCUAGCACGCAUUUAACACCUUCUGUCAGAGAUUAUUAUAAUUCUGGGGCGGGCGAGCAGUUCAGUUUACAACUAAACAAGGAUGCUUUUAAAAGAUACAGGAUAAGACCAAGAUUUCUGAGAAAUGUUGCCAAGAGGGAUUUAAGCACCAGGAUUCUAGGUGAACAAAUUUCGAUGCCAUUGGGAGUCGCACCAGCAGCUAUGCAACGUAUGGCGCAUCCUGAGGGUGAAUGUGCAAAUGCAAGAGCUGCUCAGGAAGCAGGUACGAUCUACAUACUCUCAACGAUAUCAACAAGUAGUAUUGAGGAAGUCGCAGAAGCUGCGCCAAAGGCAAUAAAGUGGUUCCAACUGUAUAUAUACAAUGACCGUAAUGUUACUCUAAAUUUAGUUUCGCGAGCAGAGCGCGCUGGUUUUAAAGCUCUCGUCCUUACUGUCGAUGCACCGCUGUUCGGUGAUAGACGUGCUGACAUUAGGAACAAAUUUUCUCUUCCAACUCAUCUGAGAUUAGGAAAUUUUGAGGGAGAGUUAUCCAAUAAAAUAAACAAUGCCAAGAGUGGUUCUGGUUUGAGCGAAUACGUUAUGAACUUGUUUGAUGCUUCCUUGACCUGGGAAGACAUCAAAUGGCUAAAAAGUAUUACAAAGCUGCCGAUCGUUUUAAAGGGAGUUCUUACCCCGCAAGAUGCACUAUUAGCCAUCGAAAGUGGAGUAUCAGGAAUCAUCGUUUCAAAUCACGGCGCCCGACAAGUUGACACUCUUCCAGCAACGAUUGAGGCAUUGUCAGAAAUAGCGGAAGCUGUAAACGGCAGAAUAGAGAUCUAUAUGGAUGGAGGUGUGAGGCAGGGAAUUGAUGUUUUCAAGGCACUUGCUCUGGGCGCUAAAAUGGUUUUUGUUGCCCGACCUAUGCUGUGGGGUCUGUCUUACGGCGGUGAGGAAGGUGCAAGGGCAGUUCUUGAAGUCUUCAGGAAAGAAAUUGAUGUUACAUUUGCGUUGACAGGCUGUGCUAGUGUUCAAGACGUUAAGAAAGACAUGGUUCAACACGAAUCUUACUACAGCCAUUUGUAGUAGAAAGAUACGAUGUAAAAUUGAUUUACGAUAGAACCCCAGUUAUCGAAAGUCUGUUUACCGAACUCGAAGAACAAAUUAGUGGAUUUCUAUUGUUCGACUGAUUGCUAUCCGAUACGUCUUGUACCGUAUCGUAGAAAUGGAUUUUUACUGUAAUUAUAAUAAAUUGGUUUAAAGAUCAUGUUGAUUUCGAUGGACGUGACAUUUAAGAUUAUCAUAAGAUUAGACUUAAAGAUAACUUGAGGAACAGUUUAGAUUAUACGAUAUGUUUUAUCACGAGUACAACAGUAAUUUCAAGAAUAUUUUAAAAGCGUUAGGAUAUUAUCACAUUCAUAAUAAUAAAUAUGUUUUAAGUUGAUUGAUUUUUCUUUUAAGUGAACAACGUACAAUACAAGAUAAUAACAAUGUACAAUAAAAGACAAAAAUAUAAAUGUACAUAUAUUAAUGGAAGAAUAACACUGGAAUUUUUUUUCUUCACAAUAUCUGCAUUUUAUUGAAUAUCUCUUGUAUAUUCAUCCGUGUAUACAUAUAUGCGUGUGUGCGGCACGCAUAUCACAAUUCACAAAGCGUACGUACACGCACACGCAUUCAAAGGUGAUCCGCAGCUCCUUUGCAAACGGAACAAGAUUGACUAUUUUGACGUCGAUAUUACAUAUAUAACGCACGAAACAUGCAACAAAGUACUUGCAUCGCUCUCUGUUCAAUUCGCAAAAUACUCUCUUUUUUUUUAUUGCAUCUCUUUCUUUUUCUUAAUCCAUACCACAUCGCAUACCGGGAGAGGCAAAA